AUGUCGGUCUUAGAAGCUGUACUACAAACCCUGAAAACCCUAAGGUUUGAUAACUCAACGGCAUCUUCGAAUACUUCAGAUGCGGAAUAUGAGAACUUGGAAGCAUCUGAAAAACUUAGAGUAUUUCACACUUUACCCACACUAGCCAGUAGUCUGGGUCCGGUGGAUACACGUGAAAAACUAAUACCUACAAUCUCAGACGUUGUCUCCAACGCUAUUGAUGCUGGCGAUGACGAAAUUCUCAUGGUUAUAGCUCAAAAGCUGGGUUCUUUUGGUGAUCUAGUUGGUGGUGCUGAACAUAUACCUUUAAUUGUGCCCAUCCUGGCAAAUAUCAUAUAUUCCAUCGAGGAAGUUGUUGUAGCCGAAGCUGCUUGUACUUCUUUGAUAGCACUCCUUCCAAAGCUUCCAAAUGAUGUUGUGGAUAGCACGUUCGCCCCGAUAAUCCGUCACAUUAUUGAAGAGGAUCUUUAUUGUGCUUCAAGAAAAGUGGUUACAAAACUCAUUAUUGCGUGUUAUCCAAUGGUCUCAGCACGAAAUCAAGUGGAUUUUAAGUACCGACUUUUCCAUUUGGCUGAUAGUGAAGAUGAAGUCCCUUUAGUUCGUGCUGCUGCUGUUCAACAACUUGUUCCCCUUGCAAAACUUUUCGGUCCAGAAUUAAAAUCAGAACUAGGUCUGCUACUUGCAAGUUUAGUUUCUGAUAAUCAACGUGUUGUUCGAGCGGCCUGUUUACCACCUUUAGUAGAAUUGGGACGUAUGAUUACAGAUGCAGCAGAGUUCGACUCAACUGUUAGACCAUGUAUUGAUAAACUUGCCGGGGAUCCUAGCAGAGAUGUUAGGCGAGCGAUGGCAUCAGUUAUCACGAAUCUUCAAACUUUAGUUUGUAAUCAUGGCGGAGCUAGUCGAUCAUUGCAUCAAACUAUGUUAAAUCUUCUAGAAGAUAACGAAGUAGAGACACGUAGAAUUAGUGCUGGUCAACUGAAAGAUUUUUGUCUUGCAAGCCCCAAAGAUAUUCUUGUUACCGUUUUGCUACCGCGCUUACGUGAACAUUUAUCCAUGGAACGUGAAGAACGAGUUCGUUCUGAACUAGUUCGAUGUGCUGUUGGUUUAUUACCAUCUAUUCGUCGAGAAGAUUGUCUGCCUUUAGUACAGCAUAUUUUAGGGUUUUUAAAUGAUACAAGUUCACAGUCCAAACAAUAUGUGUUCGAGCAUUUUUCUGAAUUAGUAGCUUUAAUGCCUGCUAACGAGAUUCAGUUGACUUUAUUACCAAGUCUUCUUCGUCUUUGGCAAGAUAAAAAUUGGCGUGUUCGUCUUGGUGUUGUUCAGUCAGUACCUUGUUUAUAUGAUAAGUUGCCGGAAAACUGUUUACAGGAAACUGUUUUACCCGCAAAUCUUGCAUGGUUACGAGAUCCAGCUUGGUGUGUUCGUGAAUGUGCUUGUCGUAGUCUUGCUCGUUUGUUGGUAGCAUGUCCAGGAGCUUGCAAAAAAGCAUUCAGUGGAGUAGGAUCUAAAACGAGUACAAGUUCUGGUUCAGGUAGUGUAACUUCUAAUCCAAACAGUGCUUCAUCUAAUGUAACUAAUCCAACUAGUGGAACAAAUGCAUCAAAUACUUCCACUGGUAAUCUUCCUAGUUCAACAAAUGCUCAAGUGUUAGAUCAAGCAAAUACUUCCGGUCUUUCUACCCUAUCUUCAACUACAUCAAAUACUUCUGCUGUUAAUCCAGCGAAUGCUUUAACUACACAAGCUGCUGCAGGCGGUUUAAAAGCUCUUGCGGUAGACACAAAUUAUCAUCUUCGUCAAAUAUACAUUAACGUAGUACAAGCUGUUUGGGGUCCUGGUAUCUUGGAUGAACCUCCUUACAGUGCCCUAGGUGAUGAUCCUAGCGCAGGAAUUCUCUUUCCUGCUUCCCGUAACAUCUAUACUUAUUUGUCAUCAAAAACAUCGAAGAACCCCACAAAUUCAGAUAGUUCAAAUGUUGCAACAGUUCCCAAAGGUUGCCAAGCACCACCACAAAUACCUAAUGUUUAUUUGACCGGGUGUGUAGCUCAGUUAUUACGUUUCCUGUCGGAGGACGUAGUGCCAAAUGUACGGAUUUGUGCAACACAAGCCCUCCACGUAAUCUCCGGUUCUCUGGAUAAAAAAACUAUUCAAAAUGAUGUGAUACCGGUUUUAAAAAAAGUUAUAGAUUAUGAUUUUGAUCAGGAUGUUCGUUUUUUUGCACAACAAAGUUUAAACUAUUUUACAGCUACCUAA